UAUAAUCCAUUAAUUCCUCAGAGCGACAGCUCCUCGUGGAGCAGCAGAGGGGGGAGAGGUUUAACCGCUGACAAGCAACUCCUGCUUCUCAUUCCUGCAGGGACCCAGCUGAGCGGACGAGCUGCCGUUCAUCCAGCCGUCUGCAGGAGCCUGACGCUGAGCUUUAAUCCGCAUCCGCAGAGAGCUGCGCCAUGGCGAAAAGAUGCAAAGUCACCUGGCUGUGCGGCCUCUGCGUUGUCUUGGCCCUGGUUUCCGUGGCAACCAUCGUCACGCUGUGGACCAUCGCUCUGACAGGAGGAGGUGACGUCACAGCUCCUUGGGACAGGUAUCGUCUGCCCACAGAUUUAGUCCCUGAGUUUUACAACAUCACCCUGUGGCCUCGACUCAAGCCCAACCCAAACUCUGGCCUCUACAUUUUCACCGGUCGGUCCACUGUGCAGUUUGAAUGUCUGGAAUCGACAGAUCUGAUUCUGAUUCACUCCAACAAACUAAACUACACAGGGAUGGAAGAUGGCCACGCGGUCAGGCUCACUGCUGAAGGGGGAGAAUCUGCUCCAAGCAUCAAGAAAACUUGGCAGCAGAGUCAAAUGCAGUAUCUGGUCAUCCAGCUGAGGAGUCGUCUGACCCGCGGACAGAAGUAUCAGCUGCACGCUGAGUUCACGGGAGAGCUUGCUGAUGACCUGGCUGGAUUUUACAGAAGCGAGUAUGAAGAAGACGGCGUCAGAAAGAUCAUUGCAACCUCCCAGAUGCAUCCCACUAAUGCCAGGAAAACGUUUCCUUGUUUUGACGAGCCGGCCAUGAAGGCGGUUUUCCACAUAACCCUCAUCCACCCGCCUGAAACGGUCGCCCUGUCCAACGGCAUGGAAGUGGAUCAUGAGACCGUCACUAUUGACGGACAGACUUUGUUGCAGACAAAGUUUGAAGCCACCGAGAAGAUGUCCACCUACCUGCUGGCCAUCAUCGUGUCUGACUACGCUCACCUGAACACAACACAAGGAAACACUCAGAUUCGAAUCUGGGCUCGCAGGAAGGCCAUAGACCAGGGACAGGGGGACUACGCUCUUAAUGUAACUGGACCCGUACUGGACUUCUUCCAGUCCUACUAUAACAUCUCCUACCCGCUGAAGAAGUCAGAUCAAAUCGCUCUACCGGACUUUUAUUUUGGCGCGAUGGAGAACUGGGGACUGGUCACGUAUAGAGAAACCAACCUCCUGUAUGAUCCCGAGACCUCCUCCAACAGCAAUAAAGAAACCACCGCCACCAUUAUUGCCCACGAACUGGCGCACAUGUGGUUCGGUAACCUGGUGACGCUGCGCUGGUGGAAUGAGGUGUGGCUGAACGAAGGCUUCGCCUCGUACGUGUCGUACCUUGGAGCCGACCACGCAGAACCUGAAUGGCAUGUGAAAGACUUGAUAGUGUUGGACGAUGUGCACAAAGUGUUUGCCGUCGACGCCUUGGCGUCCUCUCAUCCUUUGACUUCUAAAGAGGAAAGCAUCACCCUCCCGGAGCAGAUCAUGGAGCAGUUUGACACAAUCUCCUACAGCAAGGGAGCCGCCGUGUUGAGGAUGCUGUCGGACUUCCUGUCAGAGUCGGUCUUCAAACAAGGACUCAGUAGCUACCUUAGGCACUUCUCCUACGGCAACACAGUUGGGAGUGACUUAUGGGGACAUCUGCAAAUGGCCGUGAAAGACAACAACGUGCCUCUUCCUCAUCAAGUGGCCGCCAUCAUGAACCCCUGGGUGCUUCAGAUGGGCUUCCCAGUGGUUACAAUAGAUACGAGCACAGGAAAGGUGUCCCAGAAUCACUUCCGGCUGGAUCCAGAAAAGAAUGUCACCGUCAAAUCACCAUACAAGUACGAGUGGGUGAUUCCUGUGCGCUGGAUGAAAGACGGCGACGUCCGUGAAGACCUUUGGUGGCUCACAAAGAAGGAAGACCUGAACGUGGACAUGAGGACCGGGCCUUCGUGGGUUCUGGCCAACAUCAACGUAACCGGGUAUUACCGGGUGAACUACGACCUGGGGAACUGGGAGCGGCUGUUUUCUCAGCUCAGCGCCGACCACCAGGUGAUCCCACUAAUCAACCGAGCUCAGCUGGUGGACGACGCGUUCAACCUGGCCAGGGCCCAGCUGAUGCCCACCUCUCUGGCUCUCAGGACCACCUCCUACCUGUCCCAGGAGACCGAGUACAUGCCGUGGCAGUCUGCGCUCAACAACCUGCACUAUUUCGAGCUCAUGCUAGACCGAACCGAAGUCUAUCAGCCCAUGCAGAACUACAUCAGGAAACAGGUGAAUCCACUCUUCCUGCACUUCAGGAACUUGACGUCAAACUGGACCAAAGUUCCCGAGAAGCACACCGACCAGCUCAACCAUGUAAAUGCACUCCGUACCAGCUGCAGGACAGGACUGAGGGAGUGCCAGGAACUGACCGGCAUGUGGUUCAAAGAGUGGAUGGGAAGCCCUGAACGCAACCUCAUCCACCCGAACCUGCGCUCGGCCGUGUACUGCAGCGCCGUGGCUGCAGGCGGCGAGGCGGAGUGGAACUUCACAUGGUCGCAGUUCAGAGAGGCUUCAGUAGCCAGCGAGGUCAGCAAACUCAUGUCGGCUCUGGCCUGCAGCAACGACACGCAGCUGCUGGACAGGUACCUGCGGUCCACACUGAACCCCGCCAUGAUCCGGAAACAGGACGCCACCUCCGUCAUCACGGCCGUGGCCGGUAACCGAGAGGGACACGGUCUGGCCUGGGAUUUUGUCAGGGAGCACUGGGAGUACAUGUUCACAGAGUACGGCGUCGGCUCUUUCUCCUUCGCCUCUCUGAUCAGUGGGGUCACGGCGAGGUUCUCCACACCUGCUGAUCUGCAACAGCUGAAGGACUUCGUGAAGGAACACGAAGAUUUGGGAUUCGGUUCUGCAGCACUGGCAGUGAAUCAGUCCCUGGAGAGGACCGAGGCCAACAUCAAGUGGGUGGAGCAGAACAAGCAGGUGGUCCUGCACUGGUUCACCAGCCAGACUGAAAAUUAGCAGCACUGGCCGGGAACUGGGAGUCAAGAAGAGGAAGCAGGUGCUGAAGAGCAGCUUGAAGGUGUAAAAGUGUCGAUUAGAGUCACAAAGCAAGAAUGUUUUACAAAGAAAUGAAUCCCUGACCGUAGGGAGAAGGGACAGACUCCUUUUACUGAUCUGUCCGAACACAGGCCUGCAGAGAAGCAAAGGGCAGCUUAACAUACACAUUUUUUUUUCUCAAUAUAAGGAAAACACUGCAAAAUAGUCUUCAAAGAAGUACACAAUGAAUAAUAUGCAUUUCUGUAUAUGUGAUAAAAAUGAUUCUGGCUGUUUUUAAAGUGCCUUGAGAUAACAUGUUGGUUACCAGCUCUAAAUCAAUAAUGUGAAACGAAUUUAAUCAAAGGCUGAUUAUCUGCUUUACAGUGGCGUGAAAAAAGCAACAAGGGAAAAUAAAUGUACAAAAGUUAAGUGAAUAUAAAUUCUUUUUUUUUCAUUGAGAAAUUAAGCGUAUUGAAAUGGUUGAAGUUGAUGUAAAUCAUGAAAUAAAGAAAACUUCAUCUGA